AUGAAAGGCAGCAUUGCGGCAUGUUUCCGCAUCCCAUUCACAACCAUGUUCAUGGACAUAUGUCAGAAUGUUCAAAUGGCCAUUUUGAGCAACGUUGCUGCUUGUUCGAUAUUCCCAAUCACAGCCAUGUUCAUGGGCAUAUUUGAUGAUCUCCAAAUGACCAUUCUCAGCAGCAUUGGCGCAUGUCCAUUCAUUCCAUGGACAGCCAUUUUCGUGGGUGUAUGUCAAAAUAUCCAAGUGACCAUUUCUGGCUGCACCAGUGCACGUGGAUUCAUCCCAUGGGCAGUCGUUUUCGUGGGCAUAUCUGAGGACAUUCAAAUAUCCACUUUCUGCAGCGCUGGCACAUGCUUUUUCAUUCCAUGGACACCCAUUCUCAUGGGAGUAUUUUAA